CACAUCUCAUCAACUCAGCAAUUCUCAAUCUGAUAUCUAUGCCAUUACUGGCUUUCAAAUCUUGACGUCAAACUCUUGAACCCUCGAUAGAUCGAAGCAUUACUUAUAUCUACUCAUCCUGACUUUGCAACGCUCCCGUCAUCUGGCGGACCCCCUCGAGGGUACAAGCUCAAGUCACUUUCAGCCCAGUGCUACCACCACCACUACCUUACAGAGCUCGACUAUCUAUCAUCGAUCUAUCAACAUGAACUCAUUAGGACCUUCAUCCGAACAAAAUCAGUACACUGAUUCCUCUCCAAGGCUCGGCGAUGGCUCAAUCCCACCAUCAAAUAUCACAAGCCAUUCUUCAACUCCAGCGCCCUCGCGCUCACAUUAUUAUCUAUCACGAGAGGAAUUCAUUCAAGGAAUUGCCAAUCGAUUUGUCUUUAGCCAAGGAUACAUUUAUCUCUACCUGUCUAUGGCUAUCCUAUCCCUGACAACGGUGAUCUUGUCAGUUCUCUCAGAGUGCCCAACGUUGGCGUUUUACGUGCUCGAGAUUAUCAUCAAUUCAGCUAUGAUCCUUGAAGUUGGUAUUAGAUUGGUUGCCUUUGGAAAGCAAUUCUGGAAGUCGCCGUUUAACUGGCUGGAUUUGGCGAUCACUUUGUUUUGUCUGGUCACACUGGUCGUGAUUUUCUUUCAAGGUUGUAAAGCCAAGAAGGAGGAAAUCUUUGAUACGUUUCUGCUCGUCAUCCGAAACGGAAUUCAAUUUUCCAGGCUUGCAUUGAUGUUAAGGAGGAGUGGUAAAAAUAUCUUUAGUAGUAUCAAACCUAUCGAUCUUGAAAAUGCGGCUAAUCAGGGAGAUGCCUCAUAUUUUCUUGAUCUUGAUCUUGAUGAAGAAGAGGAAGCCAUCAGACGUCAACAUGCAUCUCGCCACAAAGCUCGAUCUCCAUAUCCAGGAGGUACGAAUGCUUUGGAUCAAGCUUCUGUACCAUUCCUGAAUGAUACCGAUCUUGGUGAUGAAGAAUGAGGAACUCCUGAACACCAGCUUCACUUAACUUGGCCUGUGUGAGAGUCUGAUAGAUUUUGGGUUGCAUUGCCGUUAAAAGAAAAUCAAUUAGAGUGCAUGAGCUCAAGAGGAUAAUGAGAUAUCAUGAGCACAUGUGAACAUAGUGUGGUGUGUGGAUUGCUGGGCCUUGGCCACUGGAUCCUUGACUUGCAAUGUCAUUUUGAAGAAAAAUUACUGUAU